AUCAAGUUACGUCACAAGUUUUCGUUCAGUUUCUGAUGAAACAAAAGACAUAAUCUUCAAGCUUUAUGAUAUUAGACAUGGUCCUAAUAGCACGUAUCAUACUUAUUGGGAACAAAUGCAAUUAAAGUAUGCAAAUGAUGAAGAAAUGUUAGCAAACAGAGCAUUAUUCCCAUACAAAAAUGAUUUUAAUUACCUUUAUAAAAAAUAUCGUGACAAGCAUAUAGGUACUCAAAAUAGAAUUAACAUGUUUAGUCAGUUAGAAGAGGAGAUUAAAGAAUUUAAUAUUAAUAGAAAAGGAGACACAUGGAUGCAAAAAUUUAUUACAUCAAACCAAAGUAAUUCUGAACAACACUUUAUUCUUGUUGUUGUAACAAAUCUUAUGAAAUGUUGCCAUGAGUUACAAGAAGCAGGAGAGUUGGUAUAUAUAGAUAUAACAGCUGGGCUUGACGUUCUUAAUACCCCUUUGACAAUUCUUUCUACUAGUACAUCUGCUGGUAGCCUACCACUUGCUGCUAUUCUUACAUCUGAUGAAACAGAAGCUACUUUCAUAAAGGCAUUAGAUAUGGUAAAAAAGAUAGUUCCAUCAGUGGUAUUUGGUAGACAAGGAUCUAUUAUUAGACCACAGGUAGUUAUAACAGAUGAUUGUAGAGCAGAAAAAUUAGCAUUGCAUAAUACCUAG